AGUGAGCGGGUGUUUGGGGUUUCUGUUUAGACCGCCAGGCUCGGGUGGAUCCCAAGGACACAGGCGCACAGGGGAGGCUCCGUGCGCCGCGAGCGGGGUUGGGGUCCCACGUCUGGAACCCAGGCCGCAGGCUGCGCUGGGGGCGCCCUGGCCCUCACGGGGGCUCUGGACACCAGCCUGCUUCGCUGUCAGGUGGCAGAAGCAGCUCCCACGCGGUCCCCACCGCCGCCGCCGCCUACUCCUCGCCCAUCCUCCUCUGCGGCGGGGCGAGCUCCCUGCCCUAGGAUCCUGGUCGGGCGCCCAGACGAAGGAGACAGGGGAAGGGCAGUCUUUGGGGAAACGUGGGGCCAAAGUCGGAGGGCUCCCCAGGAAAAAGGGAAGGUCAGCGGCCUGGGCGGUUGUCUUUGAGAUUCCGAGGUCGCCCACGCCGGCGCCUCGGGCCCGCCCUACUGCGUCCUCCCCUCCCACCCUCUUCUCCCUUCCUUGCAGCCCGGUUUGGGGAUGUGGUCCUUGCUGCUCUGCGGGUUGUCCAUCGCCCUUCCACUGUCUGUCACAGCAGAUGGAUGCAAGGACAUUUUUAUGAAAAAUGAGAUGCUUUCAGCAAGCCAGCCUUUUGCUUUUAAUUGUACAUUCCCUCCCAUAACAUCUGGGGAAGUCAGUGUAACAUGGUAUAAAAAUUCUAGCAAAAUCCCAGUGUCCAAAAUCAUACAGUCUAGAAUUCACCAGGACGAGACUUGGAUUUUGUUUCUCCCCAUGGAAUGGGGGGACUCUGGAGUCUACCAAUGUGUUAUAAAGGGUAGAGACAGCUGUCAUAGAAUACAUGUAAACCUAACUGUUUUUGAAAAACAUUGGUGUGACACUUCCAUAAGUGGUUUACCAAAUUUAUCAGAUGAGUACAAGCAAAUAUUACAUCUUGGAAAAGAUGAUAGUCUCACAUGUCAUCUGCACUUCCCGAAGAGUUGUGUUUUGGGUCCAAUAAAGUGGUAUAAGGACUGUAACGAGAUUAAAGGGGAGCGGUUCACUGUUUUGGAAACCAGGCUUUCAGUGAGCAAUGUCUCGGCAGAGGACAGAGGGAACUACGCAUGUCAAGCCAUACUGACACACUCAGGGAAGCAGUACGAGGUUUUAAAUGGCAUCACUGUGAGCAUCAAAAGAGCUGGAUAUGGAGGAAGUGUCCCUAAAAUCAUUUAUCCAAAAAAUCAUUCAAUUGAAGUACAGCUUGGUACCACUCUGAUUGUGGACUGCAAUAUAACAGACACCAAGGAUAAUACAAAUCUACGAUGCUGGAGAGUCAAUAACACUUUGGUGGAUGAUUACUAUGAUGAAUCCAAACGAAUCAGAGAAGGGGUGGAAACCCAUGUCUCUUUUCGGGAACAUAAUUUGUACACAGUAAACAUCACCUUCUUGGAAGUGAAAAUGGAAGAUUAUGGCCUUCCUUUCGUGUGCCACGCUGGAGUGUCCACAGCAUACAUUAUAUUACAGCUCCCAGCUCCAGAUUUUCGAGCUUACUUGAUAGGAGGGCUUAUCGCCUUGGUGGCUGUGGCUGUGUCUGUUCUGUACAUAUACAACAUUUUUAAGAUCGACAUUGUUCUUUGGUAUCGAAGUGCCUUCCAUUCUACAGAGACCAUAGUAGAUGGGAAGCUGUAUGAUGCCUAUGUCUUAUACCCCAAGCCCCACAAGGAAAGCCAGAGGCAUGCCGUGGAUGCCCUUGUGUUGAAGAUCCUGCCCGAAGUGUUGGAGAGACAAUGUGGAUAUAAGUUGUUUAUAUUCGGCAGAGAUGAAUUCCCUGGACAAGCCGUGGCCAAUGUCAUCGACGAAAACGUUAAGCUGUGCAGGAGGCUGAUUGUCAUUGUGGUCCCCGAACCGCUGGGCUUUGGCCUGUUGAAGAACCUGUCAGAAGAACAAAUCGCGGUCUACAAUGCCCUGAUCCAGGACGGGAUGAAGGUUAUUCUCAUUGAACUGGAGAAAAUCGAGGACUACACAGUCAUGCCAGAGUCAAUUCAGUACAUCAAACAGAAGCAUGGUGCCAUCCGGUGGCAUGGGGACUUCACGGAGCAGUCACAGUGUAUGAAGACCAAGUUUUGGAAGACAGUGAGAUACCACAUGCCGCCCAGAAGGUGUCGGCCAUCUCCUCCGGUCCAGCUGCCGCAGCACACACCUUGCUACCGCACCGCAGGUGAGCGGGUGGGAGGACACGAGGUUCGUCACGCACUGAUGGAGGGUCUAUCAUUGCGCGGUGGCUCACAGCUGGAGGAGGACACAUUUCAUCAGGGCCGUCUGCUCUGAAGCUGGCAGUUGCGUACUAGUGAGAGGGUCUGUUGUGUUUGUUGUCAUUUGUUUGCUUCGAUCAGAGCUGCUUCUUCAGGGAAACACACGGCUUCUGCAGAAGGCCCUCUUUAGCCUAUGGGCUUAUUGACACAUGCCCACUCACUGAGGCCUGGAUGGAUACAGCACUUGGGCCCCUUGAGAACAGGACAUGGAGGGUUUUAGAAAUGGCAGUGGACAUGCCCAGAAGUUUGCCCAUGAUGUGGCACCCAUAGAGUCUGAGAUGGGAGCCUGUGCUGUUGGGGGACCACAGGAGGGCAGUCUAGCGCCAGGAGAGGGUUGGGAAGGACAGCAGUAUUUGUCCACGCCUGUCCAGUGUCCUCAGGGCUCCAUGCUCAGGGGUCAUUUGCUGUGUCUGAGUCUCUCUCACUCUGUCAGUGCAGACAAAGAGCUGCAAACACAGCCUUAGCACUUUGCUUCCAGAAGCAAGUUAAAAGUCACCUAGACCAGUGGGGACCCACAGGAGUGGCCGUGACUGCCUCUUGGUCACCCUUCCAUGUUUGAGAGGCUUUAUCUGUCAAACUAAAGCAAGCAGGAAUUCCUUUUCUCUCUCUUUUAGACACAUGUCAACCAGAAUUCUGAGCAGCCUGUGAGAGACGCAAUUAGCACACAGACGAUAGAAUUAUAGUCCAAGCAAGGCAAAGUCAGUUUCCAAUAAGCCAGUGUGCCCUUGUCACAGGCCAAUUUUUAACUUAAUGAUGAAAGGUUUUUAAUACUAAAAAUUAGCUGUAAACCCUCAUCACUUUUUUCCAAGACCCUGGCCUGAGGGAAUUAGGCAUAGCUCAACCUUCUGAAGCUGUGGGUUGUUGACACUGAGACUUAGUAAGCAGUCAGUGGGGGCUGGAAGGGAGUCAGCCCUGAGAGCCAGCCGGCAGGGGCGAGAGGGGGAGCCAGAGGGUGUCAGGAGACCUGUGGCCCUAGGAUGGCGUGGGGAGCAGGGUGGGUUAGGAGGUGCUGUGCCCUCGUUCACAGGCCAUGGGUGGUGCCCAGUGUGGGAUGGACUUUCAGGUGCUAAGGAACCCGCUCCUGUCUUUGAAGAAUUUAUGUUCCAAGGUGACCUCACAUUACACAUUUGUUUAGCAUCCUAUGGAGGCCUCGACUUGACAUCGGUCCACUCUUUAUUUAACAUUUGCUUUUUAAAAUUUUUAUUUCGGUAAACUAUAUGAACAUAAAAUUCACCAUUUUAACCCUUUUUAAGUGUAUAGUUCAGUGGCAUUAAGUACAUUCACACUGUUGUGCGGCCUUCACCACCAUCCAUUCCAGAAUUGUUUCAUCCUCUCAAGCUGAAAUUCUGUGCCCAUUAAGCUAUGCCUCCCUAUUGCCUUCCCAUUGCCUUCCCAUUGCCUCCCCAUUGCUCUGAGGUAGGACAUAAAAUACAUUUUAAGAAUAACAGCAUUAAAAAACGGCUACUAUAAUUCAUUACUACUAUUACGUUUUUGAUACUUUUCAAUAAAAAGAAAGUAGUGACACA